AGCGAUGGUCAGCACGGAAGGUCAGUUUUUGGUGCGACAAACAUAUGAUGAUGAAAUCACAUACAACCUCAUCGGCGCUGCAGUGGAAAUACUAAAUAUACCAGCGGAUGUUAUAUUAGAACUUUUUGGUAAGACCUUCUUCGAAUUUUGUCAAGAUUCAGGUUAUGAUAAAAUCCUGCAAGUUCUCGGCGCCACACCGCGUGAUUUUCUGCAGAACUUGGAUGCGCUACAUGACCAUUUGGGUACACUGUAUCCCGGUAUGAGAGCGCCCUCAUUUCGUUGUACUGAAAAGGAUGGAUCAUUGCUGCUGCACUACUACUCAGAACGUCCGGGUCUGGAGCACAUUGUCAUUGGUAUUGUUAAGGCUGUGGCAUCUAAAUUGCAUGGUGUUGAGGUGGAAAUUGAGAUCGUUAAACGAAAAGGUGAUCCCAUCGAUGAAGAAGACCGCACGGAUGUGUUUACACAACAGCAACAACAACAAUCAAGUAGCACAAUAACAACUGGAAAUCUGCCAGAAGAGAAUAACAAUCACAAUAACAACGAAUCCGAUGUAGAUGAUGAGGACGACGUGGUAGUGUUAUCAGCCGCAGAUGUUAGCAAUAAAAGACAAGCUCGAUGUCCUUUUAGCCGCACCAAAUCUCAUUCUGGUUCAUCGAUGAGCAGCAGUGGCAAGCAGACAGACAGCUUCGAUUGUGACCCAGACAAGCAGGAGCAGAAAUGUUUACGUUUGCUCAAAAACAAAAGUGACGACAUCGAACGUUAUGAUCAUGUUCAAUUUCUGAUACGUGAAAUUGGCACCAGCAGCAGUAGCAGUAAUAACGCAACAACAACAACAACAGCCACUACAUCGUCAGCCUGUAAGCCGUGUAAGGAGGAGGUAAAAGAGCCGCCGGAUGAAGUCGAUUUUUUGUGUGAAGGUGAGGAAGAUUCAGAAUGUACAAGUAGUAGCAAAGAGAUAGAACUGCCGGAUGAAUGGUAUUUUGUGAGUGAAGCGCCGCUCAUCUCGCCUGCCACAUUCUGCAAGGUAUUCCCUUUCCAUUUGAUGUUCGAUCGGCAGAUGAAAAUUGUGCAAGCUGGCAAAUCCGUUUCACGCGUCAUUCCAAGAGUUGCGGUGGAAAACUGUUCGAUAUUGGAAGUGCUUGAGGCCAUACGUCCGCAUCUACAGUUGAGCUUCGAAAAUAUUUUAUCGCACAUCAAUACGAUUUAUGUUCUACAGACGCGUCAAGGUGCAAUGGGCAAGCACGAACGUUAUCUACGGUUAAAGGGACAAAUGAUGUACAUACCGGAGUCCGAUCGCAUGUUGUUUCAAUGCUAUCCCAGCGUAAUGAAUUUGGAUGAUUUAACAAAAAAGGGACUUUACAUUUCGGACGUGCCGCUGCAUGAUGCCACAAGAGAUUUGGUGCUGCUUUCGGAAAAAUUCGAAGCAGAAUAUAAAUUGACAAAAAAUUUGGAAUUACUUACUGACAAGCUGCAGCAAACCUACAGGGAUUUGGAGAGUGAAAAACAGAAAACGGAUAGGCUUCUCUACUCGGUGCUACCCAAAUCGGUGGCCAAUGAGUUGCGACAUGAACGUCCAGUGCCCCCAAAACGCUAUGAUUCGGUCACACUGAUGUUUUCCGGCAUCGUUGGCUUUAGCAAAUAUUGUGCUGAAAAUACAGAUGCUGAGGGUGCUAUGAAAAUUGUUAAAAUGCUGAAUGAGUUAUACACAGUCUUUGAUGCGUUAACAGACUCGAAACGGAAUCCAAAUGUUUACAAGGUAGAGACAGUUGGCGACAAAUAUAUGGCCGUAUCUGGUUUGCCCGAUCACUGCGAGGACCACGCCAAAUGCAUUGCUCGCUUAGCACUGGAUAUGAUGGAUAUGGCAAAGAAUGUGAAAAUGGGAUCUUACCCAGUGCAAGUGACGAUUGGCAUACAUUCAGGCGAAGUGGUGACCGGCGUUAUCGGUAAUCGCGUGCCACGUUACUGUCUCUUCGGAAAUACGGUGAAUCUGACAAGUCGCACGGAGACCACAGGUGUGGCAGGGCGUAUCAAUGUCAGUGAGGAAACUUAUCGGUGA